UUUUGUAUCAUGAGUUUUCUGAUUUUUUUGGUUGGAUCAAGGAACAUUGUUUCACGAGAAGAUACGUUAAUAAAACCGGUUUGUCACUACCCUUCACGAGGAACCAGUGAGAGCUACGUACCCUCGUUAACGAAAUUCAAGUCUCUAGGUUGGUGGGGAUACCACAAAAGCUUUGUCCAUUACAUAGACUGAAGUUCUUAUAAGGUCCUUCAUUGAAUUACUCAUUAGAAUCCUUUGAAUCACUACAUACCUCCAGUGUGACAAGGUUCUUCUUGAAUCAUUGAUUAGUACCUUUUCCAAUUAAAAUUAAAAAGUCUAGCAACAACUUAAAAGCGUCGAAAAUAAAGGAGUAAACAAAUCAUGAAGCCCUGCUUUUCUUGUUUCUUCUGUGACGAACCCAUCCAUUGAGGAGUGAUUUUAUUUUCUGAAUUAUGAUUAAUGAUUUUUAAUUUAAUUAAUUUUUUUUUAAUUCGUGGCUUAUCUAAUGACCAUUGGCAUUUUGGCACCUCUCUCUCUUGUGCCAUAUAUAAACUGCCGGCUCUCUCCUUCUUCCUCAAUCUUUCCAGAUUUUUCUCCGUUUAAUUUUAGCAACCUUUAUCGAUUUUAUUUUUAACUUGCUUGUUUUUCGUUUCGCCAUUGACCAAGUUACUCGAAGAAAAAAGGAAAGUGAAAAUUUAGGGAUUUUUUUCUGGGCGAUUAUUGUAUAUGAUUAUCAUCAGGUGCGAUUACAAUUGAGUGCAAAUUGUUUUGGAUGUGGAGAUGUUGUGCUAUCAAUCAUGAUUGUGUUCCUUUGGUUUAGAUUCUGAGUGUGAUGAAGCUUUUGUGUACAUUUUGAUAAAUUUGAUUUAGAAAAAAAAAAAAUAGAAAAGGGAGGGAACAAUUGUGAGGAUGACUGAUAUUGAUCCUUUGCAUCAAAAACCUGACUCUAUGGAUGGUUUUGAGGACUUCAUGGAUGAAGAUUGCAUCUCAUUUGAGUCUUGCAGCACAAUUCACAAUCCUGACAAUGACCACCAUGAUCAAGAAGAUGAACAACCUCUUAGGAGGAGGAGAAGGUCUGACCACCUCCAUCAAGGUGGUGGUGAUGAUAUAGCAGAAUCCUCUGCCGCCCGGCAGUCCAGGAUUCUCAGCCGCUGGGCUGCCAGGCAGGCACAGGAGAUGAUCACCACCAUCGAGAGGAGGAACCGUGAGUCUGAGCUCAUCGCCAUCGCUGGCUUGCACGCUGUCUCCACGCUGGACUCGUCUUUCCUUAGGGAGGAGACGCCGAGGACUCAGGCGUCUCCUCCCACUUCUUCCGGGCGGGCGCCUGAGAGGCCGAGGCCGAGGACUCAGGCGUCUGGGAUUUUGCAGAUGUGGAGAGAGUUGGAGGAUGAGCAUGUUUUGAACAGGGCGCGGGAGAGGAUGAGGCUGAGGGUGAGGAGUGCUGACGUGGCUCAGGCGGAGAGUCAGGUGAGUGAGAGUGAGAAUGGUUAUGGUUCUUCUAGUAGAGAGCAGUCUCCUGAUCUCGGCGAUGUUGAGAGUGAGAGGGUGAGGAAUAUUGUGCGUGGAUUGACAACGGAUCAUUCGUCUAAUGUGAGAGAGAGAAGCGAUGAUAGCCGUAGAGGAGAGUGGCUUGGUGAUACUGAGAGGGAGAGAGUGAGGAUUAUCAGGGAGUGGAUGCAGAUGACAAGUCAGCAGAGAGGAGGAGGAGGGGCUCGUGGGAGUCGAAGAGAAGAUCAGCAACGGUCUCUUGGUUCACAAGAUGAGAGAGCACAAGUUCAGAGUGAGGAAGGGAGACGGGAGCAUACUCGUAGAGACUUGAGGAGGCUGCGAGGAAGGCAGGCGUUAGUUGAUUUGCUCAUGAGGAUUGAACGAGAGCGACAGAGAGAGCUUCAGGGUUUGUUGGAGCAUCGUGCUGUCUCUGAUUUUGCUCAUCGUAACCGGAUUCAGUCGCUUCUUAGAGGAAGAUUCUUGCGGAGUGAGACACCUUCAGAGGAAGUUAGAGCUCCAUCAGUGGCAGCAAGUGAAAUUCGCCAACUAAGAGAAAGACAAACAGUUUCGGGUUUGCGGGAAGGAGCUCGUGAUAGGCCAGAAAGCAACACUAACGCCGAUAACAUCAAUACAACCAGGAGUAACCAAAUAACAGCUAAUACUUCUGAGGAUUCUCAGCUGCUAAAUGAGAGUUUAAAUUCUUCUAGACAGGGGAAUGGUACCCCUCUCUUACCUAAUGAUUUGGGCAACUCGGGAAGUAACCAACCAAAUCCAGAUAGAAAUUGGGAUGGAGAUACCAGUCAAGAAAGAGCUUGGUCUGAAGUUUUCACAACAGACGAGAGGCGAGAUUUGCUGCAAGCAACGUUAAGCCAGUUCAGUGAAAGGGAUAACGGGCCUGAAAACUCAGUUGGUGACCUGCACCAAGACGGAACUGGAAACAACUCAAAUGAAACUGUUAUAGUGGAAGGUCAGAGUGUAUGGCCUGCAGAUAACUCUAGACAAUCUGAUGGGAAUCAGCCUGAGACGCGGUUUGGAGGCUCAAGGACUCGCCGUGUAGUACCAAUGAGAAGAUUAAACAGGCUCCAUCUACCUGAUGACGAUAGUGUUAACAACAGCAUUGAACUCCGGGAGCUACUAAGCAGGAGAAGUGUUUCUAACCUUCUACGUAGUGGCUUCCGUGAGAAUCUGGAUCAAUUGAUACAGUCAUAUGUUGAGAGGAGAGGAGGAGGACUUGCUCACAUCGACUGGGAUUUUCAACCAGAAACGUUGGAUUCUCAAGAACAUCGUAGAGAGCAACAAGGGUUUCUACAGGACGAGGAUCAGCUUGAUGGCAUCAAUCAAUCGCAAACGCUGCCAGCUCCACCAAUGCCUCCACCACAGCCAAUAUGGCAUCACACUAGCUACGCUCGUUCUUUGCAUAGAUCUGAAUUUGAAUGGGAGAUAAUGAACGACUUGAGAGGAGACAUGGCGAGGCUUCAGCAAGGAAUGAGUCAUAUGCAGAGGACUUUAGAAACUUGUAUGGAUAUGCAGUCUGAGCUGCAGCGUUUGGUUAGACAAGAGGUCUCUGCAGCUUUAAACCAAUCUCCUAGUGACAAAGGUCUUGGACCAGGAACAUCCGAAGAUGGGUCAAGAUGGGCUCAUGUAAGGAAUGGGACUUGUUGUGUCUGCUGCGAUGCCGACAUAGAUGCCCUCUUGUACAGAUGUGGGCACAUGUGCACUUGCUCAAAGUGUGGUUACGAGCUGGUCCGAACCGGAGGGAAAUGCCCGUUGUGUAGAGCGCCAAUCCUUGAGGUUAUACGAGCCUAUUCUAUCGCAUAACCCCCUGUGAGAUUGGAGAACAAGAGAAUGGGAUUUUUAUUGAUGUCUGAGAAAGAACAGAUUGUUUCAGCCAUGUAAACUCUCUGAAAGGGAUCAAACCAGGAGCAUACACAUAUUUAUUCUGACAUCAGUUGUUUUUUUUUCAGUUGUUGAGUGUCAUCAUGUACCUCUGUUUAAAGAAAAACAUAACUAAUUGAGUGAUAUUUCACAAAAAUGAUGGGAUGAAAUAAUCAUAUUUGUGCAUACAGAUACACCAUUUGAUAAAUAUAACUAAUAUUGUACGUU